GGGGGGUGUAGUGACUGUGUGUGUGUGUGUCGGGGCUGUGGUUGGGUUGAGAGUUCCGGCAGAGCUGCCGGUGCUGUGCUGGUGAUGUGGAGGUCGGGGCUGUGCGCGGCGCUGCUGUGGCCGCUGCGGCUCCUGCUGGACCUGCCGUGGCCCCGGGCAGCCGCCGCCGUCUGCGCUCUCUACAUCGCGACGGGAGGAUGGAGGUUCCUGAGGAUAUUCUGCAAAACCAUAGCCAGAGAUUUACAUGCUGCCGGCGUUCUCCUGAGGGUGAAAUUAAGCGUCAAGCAUCAUCUAAAGCAAAACCACACCGUCCCGAAAAUCUUCAGCCAAAUUGUCCAGAGGCACCCCAACAAGACGGCCCUCAUCUACGAGGGCACGGACACCAAGUGGAGCUUUGCGGACCUGGACGAGUAUUCUAAUGGAGUCGCCAACUUCUUCCACGAGCAGGGCUAUCAGCCGGGGGACGUGGUGGCCAUCUUCAUGGAGAGCCGCAACGAGUACGUGGGACUGUGGCUGGGAAUGGCCAAGAUCGGCGUGGAAGCCGCUCUCAUCAACUUCAACCUGCGAAUGGACGCCCUCGUGCACUGCAUCACCAUCUCCAAGGCCAAGGCGCUGGUGUUUGGCAGCGAUCUGAAGGACGCUUUGAAGGAGAUCCAUGAGGUGUUGGGGAAAUCGGUGCAACUGUACUGCUCUGGAGAAUGGGAUAAGAACGUGGUUCCCCCAAGCACAAAAAACCUUGACUCCUUACUGGAACAUGCUCCGAAAGGGCCACCAGUCCCUCUCCAGAACCGUGGCUUCUCAGAUCGACUCUUUUAUAUCUACACCUCAGGAACAACGGGCAUGCCCAAGGCAGCUAUCAUCGUACACAGCAGGUAUUACCGGAUGGCAGCUUUGGUUUAUUAUGGAUUCCGCAUGACUGCCGACGACAUUGUGUACGACUGUUUGCCUCUCUACCAUUCUGCAGGUAACAUUGUCGGAGUCGGACAGUGCCUCCUCCAUGGAAUGACUGUUGUGAUCAGGAGAAAGUUCUCCGCCUCUCGUUUCUGGGACGACUGCAUCAAGUACAAGUGCACCAUUAUUCAGUACAUCGGGGAGAUCUGCCGCUAUCUGCUGAGCCAGCCGCACCGAGACGUGGAGCGACUGCAUAACGUCCGCAUGGCGCUGGGGAAUGGACUGCGUCCGUCCAUCUGGGGAGACUUCACCUCCCGCUUCCACGUCCCACAAGUGGCCGAGUUCUACGGAGCCACGGAAUGCAACUGCAGCCUGGGCAACUUCAACAACAAGGACGGGGCCUGUGGGUUUAACAGUCGCAUCCUGCCCCACUUCUACCCCAUCCGACUGGUACGAGUGGAUGAGGACACGAUGGAACUGAUCCGAGGGUCUGACGGUGUCUGCAUUCCCUGUCAACCAGGUGAGCCGGGUCAGUUGGUCGGUCGGAUUGUCCAGAACGACCCUCUGCGCAGGUUUGAUGGUUACAUCAACGAGACGGCCACAAGCAAAAAGAUCGCUCACGAUGUCUUCAAGAAGGGAGACAUGGCCUACCUCUCGGGUGACGUGCUGGUGAUGGACGAUUGUGGCUACAUGUACUUCAGGGACCGCACUGGAGACACAUUCCGCUGGAAAGGUGAAAACGUGUCGACGACGGAGCUGGAGGGAACGCUGAGCCGAAUCCUCGACAUGGCUGAUGUUGUGGUGUAUGGGGUGGACGUGCCAGGUGUGGAAGGGAAAGCUGGCAUGGCAGCCGUGGCAGACCCCAACCAGACUGUGGACUUGGAGAGGUUCUACAGAGAUCUAGAAAAGGCCCUGCCUUCGUACGCUCGCCCUGUCUUCCUGAGGAUACUGCCCGAAGUCAGCAAGACAGCAACGUUCAAAUUCCAGAAGACAGAGAUGAAAAAAGAGGGAUUUGACCCAACGCUUGUGCCAGACAGGCUCUACCUCCUCGAUCAACAGCAAGGGAGAUACGUCAAACUGGACAAAGAGCUCUUCAUUAGCAUCCAAUCAGGAAGGCGGAAGCUGUGAUUUAAACAUAUCUGUUUUAAAAAUAUAUCUUACCUCAUUCUUAACGCUGUCACUUACCCUAAGGAAAGGCAAGGAUUGCGAAAAGGAUCAAUUAAUUCCAUUUUUGUUAUUUGCCAGGUUUUGCAUGUACAGCAAUUUCAAAGGAUGUUGGUUAUUUUUCUUUCAAGUUUAUUAUGACGAUUUUGUUAAUAAUUUAUGAAGAGUUUAUUACGAUUUUGCACAAGAAACAAUUAUAACUUAAUUUUUAUUCG